AAACGCAUCGAGAGAGAAACAGGAUACCAUCUCCGAAACGAACUUGGCUGCACUUUCUCUUUGAAGGUGUGGUAGGACGACAGCGAGACGAGAGAAAGAUAGAGAUGGCAGCGGCGGAUUCUCCAAACGCCAACACUGAUACCAAAUUUGUAGGGACCAAUCAGAAUCCUAACCCUAAUUCUUCAAAUGCGUUAGUUCCCGAGUCUGGCUCUCCUGCAGUUUGCCUUUUGCGUUUCGCCGGCGACUCAGCUGGUGGCGCCUUCAUGGGCUCCAUCUUCGGCUACGGUUCAGGAUUGAUCAAGAAGAAAGGCUUUAAAGGAUCCUUUGUGGAGGCUGGAUCGUAUGCCAAGACAUUUGCAGUCCUGUCUGGAGUGCACAGUUUGGUUGUCUGCUUUUUGAAGAGGUUGCGAGGGAAAGAUGAUGUCAUCAAUGCUGGAGUAGCGGGAUGUUGCACUGGUCUUGCUUUAAGUUUUCCAGGAGCACCUCAGGCUCUCCUACAGAGCUGCCUGACUUUUGGGGCAUUCUCAUUUAUUAUUGAAGGGCUUAAUAAGCAGCAACCUGCACUGGCUCAUUCAUUUUCUAUGAGAUACAGAUGCAGCUACCGUGAUGCAUCUCAUACAAUGGCUGUCCCUGGUGAUUACCAUUAUGCAACUCACCCCUUUUCUCUUCCUCUUUCUGUUCCUCUUCCAAAUGAACUAAAAGCAGCCUUCUCCUUUUUCUGCAAGUCCUUAAAGAAACCCAGUAGCAAUUUUCCAGCUGCUCCCUGAUAAAUGACUGGGAGCAUGGUCAUGCUUGCUUUAACAUUUUGUAGAUUGUUAGCAUGGUUACAGUGUACUGUACUUUGUAGUUAGAUUCUGAAGCUUCCUGGAAGCUUGAAUGAUAAAAUGGUUCCUUGUAAGUGUGGAUUUUCUAUUUUGUUAUGCCAGUCGUAGUCAUUGAUGAA